GGUGGAUACCAUGUUGAUUCUAAUAUAUAUAUAUAUCUAUAUCCGAGGAUCUUCCCGCAACAUUACUCCAGCUGUGGUCGAAAUAGCAAGUUCAUGUUGCGCGGCUAUUGAAAGGUUGAGGCCCCUGGAAUCGGAGAGAAUUUGGUGAACUUUAAAAAUCUAUUCUAUUUAUUUCUAAUAGCUUCUUGCUCCUAGUAGCAAGGCCAGGAGCCCCGUUCGUAGCGUCCUUGUUCCUAGUAGCGAUGCCCAGUCGCUCCUAGUAGCGUCCUUGUACCCUGGAAUCGGAGAGAAUUUCAGAAGAAGGGCAGUGGCGGCAGUGGCCUGGGUUUUAUGGCCUGCAAAAAGGCAGGCAACAUGUGGAACCUCCAUCACCAAACACACCGUCACGCGGGCACCGCAACGGUCAUCCAUGCCACGGUCACCGGUGCGAAUCAGGGGGCCUCUCGGACUAUGCGCUCCAAAGCGCCCUCCAUGACCUUCGAUUUUCGCCCAUUUCACUGAAAGAGGUGAAGAUGUUGACGUGCCGAGUGUCCAUCCUCCAUAGCUUUGAAUCGUGCAGCGAUCCUUUGGAUUGGAAGCUGGGCACGCACGGGGUCACCAUCGCCUUCACGGCUGCCCUUUGCAGCUUUUGCCCUUGCGGCACUUGUAGAUAUACUGCCACCUUGCUGCCGGAAGUGAUCUCCGAGGAAGGGAUGUCACAAGAGGCAGUUUUGGAGAAAUUGGUGCAUAAGGCGGGCUACAGGAGACAUUGUAGCCCCAAGAUGAUGAGAUCUUUAGUCUGGACCUCAGUCCACGGUAUGCAAUCUGGACUUUCAGACCUUUGCACUCAAGCAGGAAGCCCUCAGCUGAGCGCCUUCGUCAGACCGCGCAGGCGAUAGGCGCCGCGUAGGUGAUUCGGAGGCCGGGCGAUGAGGAGGUCGCGCGUACACAGCGUGCAGUGCAGGUGAUUAAGCGAAUUGGCAGAGGUCUGCGCAAUGAACAAAGGUUUCAUGCAAGACUUGCCUUAAAGCAUCGAUGUGGCCACGACCGGAGGGAAGGCAUGGG